AGUGUGCGCCGCAUUAAACGUCGAAAAGCAUUUAAAUAUUCUAGAACCAGAUUUUAUGUUUGAUCGAUAAUUUAAUAUAUAAAAGUCGUGCACAUUUAUAAACUAGAAAAAUCAUUCGGCAUGAAGAUCGAAGAAGUUAAAAGUACUGUGCGAACACAGCGUAUUGCGGCGCAUAGCCACGUGAAGGGUCUAGGUCUCGAUGAGAGUGGCGUGCCACUACCAAUCGGAGCAGGGCUAGUAGGUCAAAAAGCUGCACGCGAAGCCGCUGGUAUCGCAGUCGAUCUCAUAAAAUCAAAGAAAAUGGCAGGACGUGCAUUGCUGUUAGCUGGACCGCCGGGAACAGGCAAAACAGCAAUAGCACUUGCCAUUGCACAAGAAUUGGGUAAUAAGGUACCCUUCUGUCCCAUGGUGGGUUCUGAAGUUUUUAGUAGCGAAAUAAAGAAAACCGAAGUUUUAAUGGAGAAUUUCCGUCGUUCGAUUGGUCUACGCAUUCGUGAGACCAAAGAAGUGUACGAGGGCGAAGUGACUGAGUUGACACCAGUCGAGACGGAAAAUCCAAUGGGUGGUUAUGGCAAAACUAUUAGCAACGUUGUAAUUGGUUUAAAAACAGCCAAGGGUACAAAACAAUUAAAAUUGGAUCCCAGCAUUUUUGAGUCACUACAAAAGGAAAAGGUAGAGGUCGGUGAUGUUAUUUAUAUCGAAGCGAAUAGUGGUGCUGUUAAACGUCAGGGUCGUAGUGAUACCUUUGCAACGGAAUUCGAUUUGGAAACCGAGGAAUAUGUGCCCUUACCUAAAGGCGAUGUACACAAAAAGAAGGAAGUUAUACAGGAUGUUACUUUACAUGAUUUGGACGUGGCGAACGCGCGUCCACAGGGUGGACAGGAUGUACUUUCAAUGAUGGGGCAAUUGAUGAAGCCGAAGAAAACGGAAAUCACAGAUAAGUUGCGAAUGGAGAUCAACAAAGUUGUUAACAAGUACAUAGAUCAGGGCAUCGCUGAACUUGUACCCGGUGUACUCUUUAUUGAUGAAAUACAUAUGCUUGACUUGGAAACAUUUACGUACUUGCACAAGUCACUCGAAUCUCCCAUCGCACCAAUUGUCAUCUUUGCCACAAAUCGUGGACGCUGUGUCAUUCGCGGCACCACAGAUAUUGUAUCACCACAUGGCAUACCUUUAGAUUUGCUGGAUCGUUUGCUAAUCAUACGCACAUUACCAUACUCAUCCUCGGAAAUGGAACAAAUUAUUAAAUUGCGCGCGCAAACUGAGGGCCUACAGCUGGAAGAUACUGCGUUUAGUCGUCUUAGCGAAAUCGGUAGCACAUCUACCUUACGUUAUGCGGUGCAAUUGCUAACACCGGCACACCAGAUGACCAAAGUGAAUGGACGUACACAAAUUACAAAGGAGGAUAUUGACGAUGUACACUCCUUAUUCCUGGAUGCAAAACGCUCUUCAAAACAUUUGUCAGAGAAGAACAACAAAUACAUGUUGUAAUCUGAUACUGAUAAGUUAGGGUAUUCAUUAAUAUUACAUUGUUUAUUUUAUUUUAUAUUUUUUGAACAUUUCCAAAAAUAUAUAAAUCCUAUGAACUAAAA